AUGAUUCGUUGGGAAUAUCCGCAAGCGCAGGAUGGUUACUGGGGGGAGAUAACCUCCACUAUAGACUGGUGCGAGGAGAACUACGUGGUCUCGCACUAUGUAGCAGAAUGGUCUAACACUUUCACAAACUCCAUUUUCAUCAGCACCGCCCUGUACACAAUCUACUGCACGCGACGUAACAAGCUCGAGUUGAGGUUCUUGCUCAUAGGGCUCGCGUACUGCCUCGUGGGUGUCGGGUCCUGGCUGUUUCACAUGACGUUGAAAUACCACUUCCAGUUGCUCGACGAGUUGCCCAUGAUAUACGCCAUGUGUGUGCCGUGCUGGUCCCUGAUCACAGAACUGAUCGCGACCUUCACGGGCCCCACCAAGAACAAGCACAGCAAUGGCAAAACCAAUACUUUGUCCAGUGUGAAGCAGGUGGUCAUCGCAUCCUUGAUCCUGUUGACUGCAUCAACGGUCACUGUGGUGUACCUGAUAGUCAAGAACGCCACCAUUCACCAGGCUUUCUUCGGGUGCCUGAUCGGCGUGGUGGCAUUCUCCUCGGCCUACAUGGUAAUGACUUUCGUCAAGGACCCCCAACACAAGAAAAACUUGCACAACAGCAUGAUGAUGGGCGCCAUAUUCUUCAUGUCGGGUUACGCAGUAUGGCUAAUGGAUAUCCACUUGUGUAAGCUGUGGAGGUUCAUUAGGCGCGAGUACCUGCUGCUGCCCCUGGGCUUGCUCCUGGAGCUGCACGGAUGGUGGCACGUCCUCACGGGACUCGGCAUCUACUACUACAUCGUAUGCCUGCAAUACCUAAGACUGAUCACCACUGAUCGCUUACAGCAUUACAAACUCAUCUGGAGAUGGGGCCUUCUACCGGAAUUGGUCCCCGCCGACUAUAACAUCGGCACCCCAUACUCUCUCACAUUCAGAGGCCCACGUGAGAAAGCUAAGCCGGAGUGA